ACAAUGGCGGAAGAAAGCGAACAAUUUGGGCGACAUAGUGCAAGAAUUCGCCACGGUCCGCGUCCUAUAGCUCCCACUGGUCAUGAAGUUAAACGCAAAAUAUCGGUAGACAGCAUUGAAAACAUAGGAAAAACUAGUCCAUUUUCUACUGUAUCAGAAUAUGCCAGAGUCAGAUCAGGGUCAUUAGAUGAAACAGGAGCAUCAACAAGACCAAAAUCUCGCAGAGGAAGACCUGAAGUUACUUCAAACAGCGACGUUUUAGAGCAAGCUGGAUUUACAAGGGCAUCUUCUAGUCUCUCAGAUUCACAUAGCAACUACAGACCCAACUCCCAGGGUGAAGAUAUUGGACUUACACCAUCCCCGCCACCUCACCCACCCACCUCAGCCUCACGGCGGAAACCCAGACCCACAUCUGCCAAGUACCGUGUUCGAAGACAGUCAGCAUCAGAACAGCAUGAAUCCCAGCCUGACGCAAUGUUGUCAGCUUCACCACAGCAAAAGGCUUCUCAAAUGGUUCCUCACCCCCCAUAUAAUAUUGAUGGUCACUAUGAGGACAGAUUAAUGUCUCCUGGGUUGCCAGGUACCCAUGGAAGACCACCCUCAGCAAAUCUGAACAGGUACAGCCCCUUACCAGGGAUUGGACAAAAACUUUCUCAUCAGGCUCCAGACAACGUCACCCAAAGCAUGACAUUAAUCAAUCUGAACAGUAAUUCAAAUUUGAUGAAACAAACAGAAAACUCGAAUUCUCAGAGGUCUUUGUAUAGGCCAGGGUCCAGAGAAAACCAAGAAUUAAUCAGCAGCACAUCUAAGCAGAGUUGGUAUUCUCAUAGUAAUAAUCAACCAACAGAUGGAGGCACUGAAAAUAGGGUUCCCCAAGACACUCCCUGCCAUACUCCAGAGUUGAGUGACACAGCUGCAUAUGACUCUGAAUCACCUAGAAAAUUAGAGCGUGAAAUCUUGUUACCACCAGAGCCAGGGGAAGGCGAGGAGUGUAUAACUCUGGCUGUGAAACUCCUCAGUGGGAGAAGAGCCAUGAGGAAUUUUCACCCUGAGGAUAUGUUGCAAAGUGUGCUAAAUUUUGCUGAGGUUCAAGAUGGAUUAGACCUUAGUGGAUAUAUGUUGGUCUCAAAUAGUGUUCCUCCUCAAAAGUUCCCUGAUCUCUCCAGAACUAUUGCUGAGUCUCAUCUGGAAAACAGAACUGCCCUUCUCCUCCACAGAGGAGACCAAUGACAUGUGGCUCUAGCUUGGCUUUUGUUUUUUAUCAAGUUAACUCAAAUAAGAUGUGUUAACCAGGCAUGGAGUUGGGAUAAGUAUUUGAGAGAAGCAUUUUUUUUUUUUUUUUUUUUGAAAAAUGGAAGUUUACCUUUUAAUCAUUGAUGUGGGUCACAGCUAGGUGAACAUUGUCAGUGGGCUGUGUUUCACUUUCCUUUCUUUAUUUAUUGCUAUUGGUUUGAUUUGAUGAAUGCUAUAGUAUUACCAUUUUUCCACUAAAACACGAGGUACUGGUACAUGUACACCCGUAUGUGAGAUUGAUCAAGUUGAAAGUGUUUGAUGUCUACAUGUAGAGUGAUACAAGACUGACCUUAGUAGUAUGCAAUGACCACUGCUGAGCAGGAACCUUUGCCAUUAAGGUUAAUUAACAAUUGCCCUGAGCUUCAGAGUUUACUUGAAACAUAAUCAACAUGCCUCUGCUUCUUUCAGGACAUCAUGAGUAUCAGGGUGGAGAGUGGAGAGACAUGCCCCUGGUUAGUUUCCAGCAGUCUUGAAGGCCCUUUUUACAUUGUGUUUUACACUUUUCUGUUUUGCACAUUUUUUACCAGGUCCUAACUAGUUGCAUUGAGUUCCAUUUGCUCUGUAGGUGACUUUUGUUUGAAAUGGUUACUAGGUUUUUAUUAAGUUUUAAGUUGUCAGUCUUUCAAGUUGGUGAUAAGCAAAAGGUGUACUGCAUGGAAUGGGUGAAACAGGUAGCCUGUAGGGUAUGUAGACUAGUUAUUAUGUGAAAAUGCAAUCUAAAACCUCACAAGUGUGUAGCCACUGUGUGGCAAUUUAUGGUGUAAAAUGGUCAGUAGACAUAACUUGCCCUUAUAUGAGAAUGUCAUAUCUAUAUUUAUAUGGUACUGUGUCUGCAUACUGCAUAGAUAAGGGUGUAUUCACAAUGGAUCUAUCCUAAUAGCUAUAGUGCACACUAACUCCAUUGGGACUCUUGCUGAAUGCAAUCAGAUUAACAGAUUAACAUGUCUCUUGUCAUUGAGUAUACAGAAAAGCUGGUGAUUAUGGGAGUACAUUGACAGCAAGAGGAGGCAUGUUAAUCUGUUAUUCUGAUUGCAUUCAAUGGGAGCCCCCAUGAAAUUUGUACACACUGACUAGUACAAUAGGUUCAUUGUUAAUACACCCUUAUAUACUGUUAGGCCUGAUUCUGUAUUAACUAGUACUUGGUUGAUGCUACCUUGCCUUAAGUAUCCCCAUUUAUCUUGCUGACAAAUCUGCCCCCUAUUGAGAGGUAAAUGCCCUCCCUUGCACAUAGGUAGGAGUACAGGUACAUGGUUCACCUAGUCACAUGCCUGGAUACUGUAUUAGAGUAAAGUAGGCAGUGUGCAAGUAGAAAAUACUCAUUGGAAACUAAACCUAGGUUUUAG